AGCUCAAUUCUGUGAAUACAUAACCUAAGAGAACAUUCCAACAAAUACAUGAGCAACACGCACAAAAUGCUGGUGGAGUAGGAAGAAGUACAAUUGACGUUUCAGGCUGAGACCCUUCGUCAGGACUAACUGAAAUUUCCCCUCCUGUCACUUCAAAUUUGGACUGCCCUUGCAGAUGGGGCGACUGGGAACAUCAGGAGCUCGUCACGAGCAGACUCUUUUAUCAAUGGGGACAUUCUAUUUUGAGGCAGCGCCCUCUGGUUCUAAACUCUCCCACUAGAGGAAACAUCCUCUCAACUAGGAUGAGCCGAUUCCUCAAUGUUCUCCGCAGCUGGCUGGUGAUGGUCGCUGUUAUCGCUGCUGGUAAUACGAUUCAGAGCUUCAGGGAUCACAGCUUCUUGUCGGAGAAACUCUACACGGGAAAACCGGCGCUUGUGAACGGUCUGCAGGCAAGAACAUUUGGGAUCUGGACUCUGCUCUCCUCCAUCAUCCGGUGCACAUGUGCAGUGGACAUUCAAAACCGAACAUUGUAUCACAUCACUCUCUGGACUUUCAUUCUGGCUCUCAUUCACUUCUUAUCCGAGUCGUUCGUUUAUCAAACGGCACCCAUAACAAUUGGUGUAAUGGCUCCUCUCUUGGUGGCUGGCUUCUCCAUCCUGGGAAUGCUGGUGGGUUUUCAGUACAUAGAGGAUUCCCAGGAAGUAGCUUCAGUUCCAGCAAAGAAGAGAAUCUGAGAUGACGAAUGAGAAUGGUGGUCGGGCAAGACUGAGCCAGGAGACAGCUGAACCCGAUCAAUUGACCUGUGCACUCUCUCCACCACAGCAGUUUGUAGAGGAUGUAUUUUUGAAGUAGUUGAUGGACAGAAAGCAGCUUAAGGGUGCCCCAGGUUGAUGAAGAAUGUUGUUCAUAUGGGUAUUCUCUUUCUAUCAGUAAAUUCUGGUGCUGGAAACA